UCUCUCUCUUCCAUCCUGCAGGAGUUGUUUGUUGAAACCAUAGCUAAAGAUGCUUAUGUGUAUGCUCAGCAAGGAAAAAGGAAAACUCUGCAAAGGAAAGACUUGGAUAAUGCCAUUGAAGCUAUUGAUGAAUUUGCUUUUCUGGAAGGUGCAGGAGUCAUCAGCAGGAAGAGUGAAGGAAGAAACUUGUUUGCAGAGAGGGGCUGCUGCAGGAGGCAGAGCCAUUCCAUCUAUAUUGGGCACGACAUAUCUGGCAGUCCUGUAAGUCUGGAUGUUGGACUGUGCAGGUCCCACUGUUUAUCCCAAAGGAUAAACUCCCAUCAGUCUGGAUUUCCCAAACAUUCCUCUAUGCUGGACUUUCUUAGAACUAAAAAGUUGCAGGACAGGCAGAUGGAGCUGCCUUUGUCAACUGAAGCAGAACGUUCCUGCCCUUUGGAUUUCCAUUGUGAACCCACUAGAGUUCACAUGGAGCGGGUGCUGCUGUUUGAAGGGGUUCAGGAAGUGGAAGUGAUUGAGGCCUGCCAGUGUAAUGCAAGCCCAGAGGAGUGUCUCCGGCUGCCAUCCCUGAAAACCUACUUUCCGGACACCCCGCUGGAGUUCACGGUGGAUGUUGGAAAGUGCUCCAGUCCAGCCCAUGCAAGAGGCGGACUCUUCUGUGCACCUACAAAGUUUGAUGGUGUUCUGAUCAAAAGCCCAAAUGGUGUUGAGGUGGUUCAAACUCUGGAAAACUGUGAAAUGAAAGAAACCUGCUAUCGAGUUUCCUAUGUGGAAUAUUAUUAUGAAAUCAUACACAACUCUGCUGGGGACAGAGAGGAGCGACUGAAGGAAAUUGAUGUGGGACGGUGCUUGGGGAGCUGCACCUCAGGGAAUCACUGCCUGCUUAGGGAUUCGCAGAAUGGAGAGAAAUGCCUGGUUCGGGCGGAAGGUGCCUCCAGCCAUUGUGUCCCUCACCAGUACGACACACACACAUUCAAGAGCCGCAGUGGCAACAUCCGCACCGUCUUAGCCAUCCAGAAGUGUAAAUGUGGGAGUUAUUAGAGACUUGGGGGAGGGAGGGAUUGCAGCUUCCAGGGAGGGCACAUGGAAGGGAGAAUGCAAAUAGCACCUUGUCCUGCCAUGCCCACCCUCUGCCAGACUGUCUGUACUAUAUGUAAAUGAGAGAAGGCUAUUUUAUAAAUUAAAGG